GUGACUUUUCCAUACAAUCGUUUGGCGUGAGGGAGACACGACUGUGGAAAAGUGAUUUUGUCUCAAACCCUGUGUCCACUUUCCAGGAGUCCGAUGUGUCUGUGUUUCAGGGGAAUAUAAAAAAUACGUUUAAUGUUGAAUAAAUACUAAAAUAUAGUAGCGCAAGUCGCUAAAAUAAUGUGAUCACCUUCUGCAUAAAUUGCGGUUGAUUUUGUGACAAGUAUAAAAAAUAACGUUCAAAGUUCAAGAUAAAUAUUGUAAUCACAGUUACUUAUCUAGGGUACUACGAUGAGCGAUAUGAUUCAGGGCAUAGCAGAAAUCAUUUUACUUUAAAUUAUAAUAUUCGAACUUUAUACCCAAGUAUAUUUUCCUCAUUAUGGCACCAUUACUGUUUAGCUAUGAAACAUUGGUGCAUGCAGUGGCAGGUGCAACGGGAAGUGUUGUGGGCAUGGCUGCAUUCUACCCUUUGGACACAUUGCGUUCCAGACAACAAGUGGAAGAUUCCACUAAGCUGCAAGGUUCUACUUGGGAACUUCUGGUUCUCAUUGCAAAAGAAGAAGGUUUAGAUUCUCUGUAUUGUGGAUUGGGUCCCGUUUUACAAUCACUCUCUGUUUCCAAUUUUGUUUACUUUUACACUUUUCAUGCUUUGAAGAGAUCGUCUAUUGGUUCAACAGCAAUAAAAGACUUACUGUUUGGUGUAAUAGCAGGUAGUUUAAAUGUCUUGAUUACUUCACCUUUAUGGGUUGUCAAUACCCGAAUGAAGUUGGGUAAGAACAAUUAUAAAAGUCUCUCAGCUGGCCUUUUUGAGUUAUUUAAAAAAGAAGGGCUGAGAGGUUUAUGGUCUGGUACUGUGCCAUCCUUACUUUUGGUUUCAAAUCCUGCAAUUCAAUUUAUGGUAUAUGAAUCUCUAAAACGAAACUUUAUAGCAAUGAAUCGUUUCAAUACUUAUAGUGCAUUUAUGAUUGGUGCCAUUGCAAAGGCUAUUGCCACUACUCUGACUUAUCCUCUUCAACUUAUCCAGUCUAGGCUAAGAGCUGGCAGUAGUCUAAAACCUUUGUAUAAAGAUAUAAAGUCCAAUCCAAAAAUCAUAUUCAGGGGGCUUGAAGCAAAAAUUAUGCAAACAGUUAUGACUGCUGCUUUGAUGUUCCUUAUUUAUGAAAAGGUUGUAAGAUUAGUAUUAACAAUUAUGAGAGUUAAGGUUAACAAACAUUAAAUGUGAUUUAAGGGUAUAUUUCCAUUGUUUUGUUUUGUUUUAAAGUAGGUUAUGGCAAUGUGAAUGAAAUAAGUUUUUAAAUUAACUGAACUGACUAACUGAAAGUCAUAGAAAACUUUUUUUGUGUAGGUAUUAUAAUAGAUUCCAUAUUCAAAACCUAGCCAAAGAAUUUUGUGUGUUUAAAUAUGACAAUAAUUUUUAGAGCAUAAAACAUUCCAAAGAUUUACAGUUACCUAGCACUUGAGGAAAAUUAAUAUUGUUGAAUUUACCUUAAACAGGCGUUUCAGACAUAUUCAUGAUCUAUGAAAAAUAAUAAUGAGGUAAUUCAUUUAUGUAAGUAUUUCAUAAAAAAUAAAUUCAAAAUAUCUUACAAUAGAUAUAAAUAAACCAUGACAUUUUUAACUUAUGUUACUUAAUUUAUAUUUUUUUUGUCAUAAUUUUUUAUAUUUCUUUAAUGUGAUAUAGGAAAAACUGUGUUAUUGGAGUCUGGCUGUGUUUCAUUGGGUUUUUUGUUUUAUUGUUUAUACUGUGUUGGGAAGUAAGUGAAAAUAAAGUU